UUCAUUACCGACAAUCUCACUUCUUCUUCCUCGCUCCCUCAGUCCCGCUCACCCGAAACUUCUUCCUCUUCCUCCCAAUCCCACCACCAUGAGCACCGCCACCAGAUCCACCACCUCUCAUCCGAAACAACUCUUCUUAUUCUCAAUUCCACCACCACCAGCUCCACCACGAUCACCCACCAGCUCUUCUUCUUCUUUUUUUCUUCUUUUCCCAGAAACUAUCAUAGUUAGCAUCAUCCACACCAUGUAUUCGCAAUAGAUUGCUUAAGAAUUAGCCCUGUAGAGGAGUCAGACUGAGGGUUAGUUAUAUUUGAUUCAAGUGUUGUGGACUGGAUUUUUUAUAAGCGGUUUUCUGUCGUUUCAGUAAGACAAAGUGUAACGUACUUGUUACUGUGGGUUUCAGUAUCCACGGUAUUACUAUGCUUUACAGAGUAUGAAAGGAGCUUGCAACAGUAAGUCGGAAGAGCUUACGGCAGGCCUUGGAAAGCAUAGAAGUUGCAAGCAUGGGUGUUCGGAGAAGAGGUAAACCUGCAGUUGUUGCUGAGGGAAGGAAAUAUGUUUACCCAGAUGAGUGCAAGUACUGGACCGACGCUGAGAAAGUUGUGUUCCGAGCAGCUAGAAUUGGUCAUUUACUUGACAUUCCUGAUGAUCAGAAGAUGUCUGGGCCAAUAUUUAGUUUCUUAAUGAUUAGGUGGAUUCAUGUACCAGAAGACGAAGAAAUCUGGUUUAAAGUUGGGGAGAACAAUGAAUGCAUUGGACUGGUGGUUCUUUUGAUACCUUGUGAUCUCUGGGAUGCAGUUCCGAUUUUCCUUUCGCAUUACAUGGACACCAGAAAAUUCGACAGCUGUUGGUUCAUUAACAGAUAAAGUACAAGUCGGACCCAGUUUAUUGUUUAAAAAUCAACUUAUUUGCAAGAUUAGCCAGCUGUUGGCUCAUGAAUCAUUCACUGGUACAAAGUACAAGUGGGACCCAUAUACAUUGUUGACUAAGAUGUGUAAGUGGGGCGAUGUUGGUCGACUUUCUUAUACAAAGUUGCGGGAAAACUGCCGGGAAGAAGAGAUUUACAUUUCAAAUGAAAAUUUUGAAAUGAGAAGUAAGAAGCGGGAAAACUACCGCGAACAAGAAAUUUACGUUUCGAAUGAAAAUUUUCAAAUGAGAAGUAAGAAUUUUCCCAACUAAUAAAAGGUUCUCAAAACAUAUUUUUCAUGCUUGGAUAGAAAACCAGUAAUCUAUAUGAGAUUAUGUGGUUGUUUUAUAGUCUCGUCUAAACCUCGUAGCUUAGUAUUAGACGGUUACCCGAAGUAUUUAUUUAGGUAAGGGCAUUUUCAUAGUUACUGGAAUAUUUGUUGCAUUUGUUGCAUGUAUUUUGGUAAGUGUAAUCUGGUCAUUUUCGCAGUUUGUGAAAUAUUUGUUG